GGUCGCCCGCCCGGCUCGGAGGGCCGCGGCCGCCGGCGCCCUGCGGACCUGCCGCCGGUGUGUGAAUCAGCCUCUCGUCACGGAAUCAUCACUUCCAUCUGACAAACUUGAACACGUCUGAGUGCCACCUUGUUGGUGUUAACACCAGGCUGAGGUGUUCCUACUUGACCAGAUCUUUCGGGGAUUUUUUUAAAAAGGAACUUUGGUGGAUAAAAGAUGUGCCAUGGAAUGGUAGCACCAAAGAGCAACACAGGAUCGUCUCGUGUCUUGGCUAGCCAUGGAUUAUUUCUUCUUCUAGUUGUCCUUGGUACCUGUAUCGUGGAAGCAGAGACCAAAGGUUGGCUCAGCAAAUCCAAAGGACCUUCAUACUGUCCACAGCCGCCGCAGCCUGAGAAUGGAGGCUACAAGUGCCACCCGAGUCCCUGCAACGACCCGCUAGUUUCAGGCAGCGUCAUAGAGUACCUGUGUGGUGAAGGCUACAUGCUGAAGGGGGACUACAAAUACCUGACCUGUAAGAAUGGGCAGUGGAACCCGGCCAUGGAAGUCAGCUGCAGGCUCAGCCCGGAAAAGGACUCUCCCCCGGCGAUCGGAGUGCCCACGCUCUCCAUAGUGGCCUCCACAGCGAGCUCCGUCGCCCUCAUUCUUCUCUUAGUUGUGCUCUUUGUUUUGCUGCAGCCCAAGCUGAAGUCAUUCCAUCACAGCAGGCGAGACCAAGGCGUGUCUGGGGAUCAGGUCUCUAUCAUGGUGGAUGGUGUCCAGGUGGCCCUGCCGUCCUACGAGGAAGCGGUGUACGGCAGCACGGGCAGCUGCGUCCCGCCUUCGGAUUCCCGCGUGCAGAUCGUGCUCUCGGAGGGAGCCGGGCAGAACGGAGCCAGGGAGAUGCAGCAGCAGGACCAGGGCGCUGGCAGUAGCUUUGACAGAGAGGAUGAAGCCCCAGGACACUCUGGACUCUGUGAAGCCAGUGGCUCUCAACGCUCCGAGACUGUUCUCGUGCAUCAGGCCGCUACCUCGUCCUGGGUAGCUGGCAUGUCUAGUAGUAGACCUAUGCACAAAGAGGCCCAAGACUCAGAAAGCAGUGACAUACAGAGCCUUUUAUCACUCACUUCCUCGGAGGAAUACACAGAUGAUAUUCCCUUAUUGAAGGAAGCAUGAGGCCUGCUGCACUUGUGUAGCCUUCUCCUCAUUGGGUUCCUCGCUCUCCCCCUGCUCUCGGGACAGCAGCUUCCUGUGCAGCCUUCCCGUCCUUGCAAGCCGUGCCCCGGAUGCCUCCAAGCGGAGAUCUCCAGCUGAAGAUCCAAAGGACGUUUUCAGGUCGCCUCCUGGGAGCACCAGCGGGGUUGGUGCCGUGCUGGCUUCCCCAUUCCAUCUGCAAGGGGCUCAAGGGACGUGGUGGAUUUGAGCUCUCCUCUUCCCCCAGCCAGAUGUUUUGCAGCAGUCUCUGGAGAGCUGCUCUUCUCUUGUGCCUUUCUCCUCCUCACACCGGCUUGUCGCAGCUUCUCAGCCUCUCUAGCCCUUCUGCUGCCCAGCGAGCAGGGGCUAAAUCUGCUUGCUCAUUGGGUGCAGACAGUUUAUAUACACAUAUGUAUAUUCUAUACGCUCUUCUUCCAGCAUCCUCUUUAGGGCAGGGCAAAUAGGACUGGACCUGAGUUUAGGAGGGAUGUGGGUUACAGGGCAACUGGCGAUGUCUGGAAGUGCCUGGAAUGAGAUGGGCUGGCUGAUCACGGAGCUGUGCAAUAACAAUCUGUGGGAGUUUGCUGGAGCGCCGAGG